AUGUUGCUGUGGGCCAUUUGGCUAGUGGCUAUAGUCGCUCGCAGUUCGGCGACUCAGGUACCAGUAGAUCAGCCCGAAUGGUCAUGGCAAAACGACGGAGGCAUCCAAGUAGCCAAUGAACCCGAAGAUUUGGGCAAACAGGAGACCCCGGGAAAGGGAGUGGAAUCGGUAGUAGACGAAAUUCUUGUCUCCAAUCGACAGGGUCGCAAUAUCGAGGGUUUCGACCAAAUAUACGAAGACCCGGAGGUGAAGAAUGCGCUUCAAUUGGGAAACGAUACGAUCGCUCGAACGUACAUCAGGGACAAGCUGUGCUCCCUCGGGUUAAUGAACUGCGAGAAUCCAGAAGGACGUCGCCCAUACUACUCUCCUCAUCGCGGCAUAUAUCCUCAAGACAUAAUUUACGCUCAACCCGUGACCAUCAAGCCAGUCGGAAGACCUUUACCAGCUAUCCCAGUAAAACGACCAUAUGGCUCGACGAGACCUGGCCCACCAUCCUCCGGUUUUAUCUCCUCUGGACCUCCUCCAGAAGUGAUCUACGGAGUCGGUGGCGCGCCGCAUCCUCCCUCGUUCGCAUCCACGCCUGGCUUAAUCGGUUCUUAUCCUCCGUUCAAGAAACCAGGCCCACCUCCGUUCUCGUCGAAACCGGUGUACGAAGGAGCAAUCGUGAACGAAGGCUUCGAAUUCGGCAGCAGUCAGUUCAUCGACAAGAAGCAAAUCGCGUUGAGACCGUCUGUCGGCUCUGACGCGGUUCAACAACACGUUCAUCAUCAUUAUCAUCACGGCGACAGUACCCCGAGCUCUGGUGGACCUUCUUUCAUUCCCAUCGGUCAAGGAGCUUCGUCUCACGGUUACGGCGCCAGUUACGGGAACAUAGGUACCAGCUACGAUAUCCCGAAUGCUGGAGUUCUUGGUGACGGCUUCCAAGGCUUGGAGGACUACAAGAAGGCGUUCAAGGUGAAAGGAACGAGCAACGGUGCCAAUGGACUGAAUGGCGGUUCUUUAUCGGCAAACAGCUAUGCCGAGCAGUAUCCUGUCUACGAGAAGCCGGCUCGAGACUUCGCUUAUGGGAAAGCAGACGGCCAUAAAGGCAGCAAGUACCUGACUGGAAGCAACUUUGCCUCUCCUAACGCGGUUCAUUCGUCCUCCAACGAUUACAUCGCCUCUGGAACUACUAAUAGCCACUAUUACGGUAACGGCGAUAACGAGGGCUUCAGAAAUGAUUUCUCCGCGGAUUAUUCCGGGGAUUGCGUUUGUGUUCCGUACGCGCAAUGCCCGAGCGAACACGCGGGUCGUAAGGACGAUUUGUUCCUUCCCAUCGAUCCUCGUAAUCUGAACAAGAAUAUCGACGCCGAGGCUAUCGUCGAGGGAGCAGCCGCGGCUGUAGAGAACGAAACCUCUGCCAUCUUGCGAGCUGGGAAGAAGAAGUCGAACGGAGAAGGGAGACUCGAUGCUAGCGAUCUGGACUCUUCGAAAUUAAACCUCAAGCCGACCUGGGGGAUCAGUUUCGGUCUACCGCAAACCGGUGGCUCGUACCCGAUCAAUCCUUACGGCGACAAUGCCCUGGUAAAUCCAUACAGAGGAUACGGUUCGGCCGAUCAAGGCAUAAAUUUAGGCCUGGUUUCCGUGAAUCCUCUGCUAGCUGUACAGUUCACCAAAGACGAAUACGGCGACAAAGUGGUAAAACCGUUUGUAAAUUUUCACGUAACGCCUAAUCGGAAUAUCGUGCAGAAACUCGGUCAUCUGCUCUCUCACAAGAAGCAAGCUCUGUUCGAAAGCUACGAACCCAGCUAUGCGCCGCAUUAUCCCUCGAACCCUGUCCAGAUCUAUGAAAAACCGUAUUACGUGAAACCUCACCAUCCUCCCCAUCACUAUGCGAGCCAUCACGAGCCUCCUUUUCCCCAUGACUAUUCGGAUUACUAUCGAGACGGCGAUGACGAUUACGAUUACGAUUACAACGAGAAUCAUGGUUUCGCGCGUAGCAAUGGCAAUAAAACGCCAGCUACGGCCGAUGCGAACGAGCAAACGGUUGCAAAAGAAAGAACCGAUGGGAAAGUUUCGUUUCCGAACAGAAGAAAGCGUGACGUCGAGUCGGAAGCGAGACUCGAAUCGAAAGGCACGAUGGAGCGACAAUACAUAGGUCUAGGUUCUUCUCGGGUUUGCGGUCCUGGCUACGUCUGCUGCCCGCAAAGACAACCGACGAGGAAACCGUCGCGACUUGGACAAUGCGGAAUAAGGAAUACUCAAGGGAUCAAUGGAAGAAUCAAGACUCCUUCCUACAUCGAUGGUGACGCUGAAUUCGGCGAAUAUCCCUGGCAAGUUGCGAUACUGAAGAAAGAUCCGACAGAAAGCGUAUACGUGUGCGGUGGUACCUUGGUUUCAUCGCGACACAUCCUCACAGCAGCUCAUUGCGUGAAAACUUACGCGGCACGAGAUCUCCGCGCCAGGCUAGGAGAAUGGGACGUAAAUCACGACGUUGAGUUCUAUCCCUAUAUAGAACGCGACGUAGCCAACGUCUACGUCCACCCAGAGUUCUACGCUGGUACCCUGUACAACGACAUAGCGAUACUGAGGAUCGACCACGAAGUCGAUUUCCAGAAGAACCCACACAUCAGCCCUGCCUGUUUGCCGGACAGGCACGACGAUUUCACCAGAAGCAGAUGCUGGACAACAGGCUGGGGUAAAGACGCCUUUGGAGACUUUGGGAAGUACCAAAAUAUCCUGAAGGAAGUCGACGUGCCUGUAGUGAACAACCAGGUCUGCGAACAGCAAAUGCGGCGGACAAGAUUGGGUCCGGGUUUUAAUCUACACCCUGGAUUCAUCUGUGCCGGAGGGGAAGAAGGAAAAGACGCCUGCAAAGGCGAUGGCGGUGGACCCAUGGUUUGCGAACGCCAUGGUCGCUGGCAGCUAGCUGGAGUCGUGUCGUGGGGUAUCGGUUGUGGACAACCAGGUGUUCCAGGAGUAUAUGCUCGUGUUUCUCACUAUCUUGACUGGAUCCAGCAAGUCGUGAAUCGUUACUAA